AUACACACCUCAGUUUCUCUCUCUCCAAAAUGGCUGAGGAACCCCAAACCCACCCAAUACACCCACCGGAAGAAGCCACACCGCCGCCGCCCACAGCUGAGGAAACCAAAACACCACCUCCACAGCUCCGUGAGCCCAUCUCCGAACCCCCGUUAGCUUCACUCUCACUAGACCUUCACCAAGAACCCCUCCCACCCCCUCCCACCGCCGCCCAGGAAUCCCCACUAACCAUCGUCGGAAAAGACUCCCCUCUCCCCCCGCCGCCGCCGGAAUCUCCUCCCUCCACCACCACCACCAACGCCACCGCCUCCCAGCCCCCGCAAUCCCUAGGCUCGUUCAAAGAGGAAAGCAACAGAGCCUCAGAUCUCCCUCCCUCCCAGCUCAAAUCCCUCCACGAAUUCAAAAGCCUCGUCCAGGAAUCCAUCUCCGCCGCCGAAGAGGAGGUCUCAAUUUGGGGAAUCCCGCUCCUCAAAGACGACCGCAGCGACGUCGUUUUACUUAAAUUCCUCCGCGCCCGCGACUUCAAAGUGAAGGAAUCCCUCUCCAUGCUGAAAAACACCCUCAAAUGGAGAAAGGAUUUCGGCGUGGACGAGCUGCUCAAGGAGGAUUUGGGCGAUGAUCUUGAAAAAGUUGUCUUUAUGCACGGAUUCGACAAAGAGGGCCACCCCGUUUGCUACAAUGUCUAUGGAGAGUUUCAAAAUAAGGAAUUGUAUGCUAAAACGUUUGGAGAUGAGGAGAAGAGGCAGAGGUUUUUGAGGUGGAGGAUUCAGUUCUUGGAGAGGAGUAUUAGGAAGCUGGAUUUCAAUCCGGGGGGGAUUAAUACCAUCUUUCAAGUGAGUGAUUUGAGGAACUCGCCCGGCCCGGGGAAGAGGGAGCUUCGGAUUGCCACGAAGCAGGCAUUGGUCAUCCUGCAGGAUAACUAUCCCGAGUUCGUGACGAAGCAGGUGUUCAUCAAUGUUCCGUGGUGGUAUCUGGCUUUCUACACGAUGAUGGGUCCGUUCCUGACCCAACGGACUAAAAGCAAAUUUGUCUUCACCGGCCCAUCAAAAACCCCUGAAACCCUUUUCAAGUACAUAACACCGGAACAAGUUCCAACUCAAUAUGGUGGCCUGAGUGUAGACUUCUGUGAGUGCAACCCCGAGUUCACUGUUGAAGAUCCGGCCACGGAGAUCACUAUCAAACCUGCAACGAAGCAGAUCGUUGAGAUCCUCGUGAAUGAGAAAUGCACUCUGUGUUGGGAGCUCCGUGUGGUCGGGUGGGAAGUGAGCUACAGUGCAGAAUACGUCCCAAACGAUGGACAAGGCUACACGGUGAUCGUGCACAAGACCAGGAAGAUGCUCCCAACGGAUGAGCCUGUCGUGUUGGGCAGCUUCAACGUGACCGAGCUUGGUAAGAUAUUGCUCACCGUUGACAACCCCACCACGAAGAAGAAGAGGCUCGUCUACCGGUUCAAGGUUCUCUGAGUUAAGAGAUAGCGAUGUCUUAUUUGUUGUGAAUCUUGUUCGAUGAAACAUGUUUUGGGUUUUAGUUAAGCUAAACUGGUGUGUUUUCUAAGUCAAUAUCUGUGUUCUGUUGUUAAGAUAUUGCUACGUUUUAGACCAACAUUCAUUAAGGCUUGGUAAGAUAUUGCUACGAUGUUCUGUUGUUGUUA